GAGAUUGACAGGGCGCUCGGCCAGUCGGGCCCAGUCCCGCCUCGCCCCGGCAUCCGGCGCGGACGCCAUGGUGCGCUUCAAGCACAGGUACCUUCUGUGCGAGCUGGUGUCGGAGGACGCGCGCUGCCGCCUGAGCCUGGACGACCGCGUGCUGGGCGGGCUGGUCCGCGACACCAUCGCCCGGGUGCACGGGGCCUUCGGCGCCGCCGCCUGCUCGGUGGGCUUUGCAGUCCGCUAUCUGAAUGCCUACACCGGAGUAGCACUACUUCGCUGCCGAAAGGAUUUCUACCAGCUUGUGUGGUCAGCUCUUCCUUUCAUCACUUGCUUGGAGAACAAAGGACACCGUUAUCCCUGUUUUUUCAACACGUUACACGUGGGAGGUACAAUAAGAACCUGUCAGAAGUUCCUGAUUCAGUACAACCGCAGACAGCUGUUGGUCUUGUUGCAGAAUUGCACUGAUGAAGGAGAGCGGGAAGCCAUCAAGAAGUCUGUCACAAGAAGCUGCCUGCUGGAGAAAGAGUCUGUUGAAGAGCUUUCAGACAUUGCCAGCGAAGAGGCUUUGGAAGCAAUGGAGUGACCCUGUUUCCAGGCCCACUGUGGAAC